AUGUCUUCUGUUGGGAAAAAGUCCAAAUGGGAAUCCGAUGAAAGUGACGUUGACGAAAAGCAUCAGUCCCAUGAAAAGAAGAAGCAAAAGAAGCCGGUCAAACCAGCUGUCGUCAAGCCGGCAUCGGCCACCCCCGACUCACGACCGGCAUCACCUGUCCGUCACGUAUUACGACGACCACCUACUUCAGCCGUCCAACCCAUUCUCGCCAGCUGUCGUAGCGUCGAUUGUUACGAGCGACUUAAUCAUAUUGAAGAAGGAUCGUACGGCAUCGUUUUUCGCGCUCGAGAUCGCGAAACUGGCGAUAUUGUCGCUUUGAAAAAGCUAAAGUUGGAAAAGGAAAAAAACGGUUUUCCUGUCACCAGUUUACGUGAAAUCCAUACAUUGAUGAUUGCCAAGCAUCCCAACAUUGUCAAUGUCCGUGAAAUUGUCAUGGGCAACCGGCUCGAUCAAGUCUUUAUUGUCAUGGAUUUCAUUGAUCACGAUCUGAAAACCCUCAUGACCGAUAUGCGCGCUCCGUUUCUGCAGUCCGAAGUCAAAACACUAAUGAUUCAAUUACUGUCGGCUGUGGCCUUGAUGCACGACAACUGGAUCAUCCACCGUGAUUUGAAAACCAGCAAUUUGUUACUGAACAAUCGAGGCGAAAUCAAAGUCGCUGAUUUUGGUCUUGCAAGGAAAUACGGAAGUCCCAUGGGCCAUAUGACACAGCUCGUCGUCACCCUUUGGUACAGAGCUCCCGAGUUGUUGUUGGGCGCAAAGGAAUAUACAACCGCCAUUGACAUGUGGUCCAUUGGCUGUAUCUUUGGUGAACUCAUCAACAACGAACCUCUGCUGGAAGGUCGAAGUGAAAUUGAUCAAAUUGACAAGAUAUUCAAGUUAUUAGGCACACCCAACGAAGACAUUUGGCCGGGACUAAUGGAACUGCCACAUGCCAAGAAUAUCUCAUUUAACCAGUAUCGUCACAGCACCCUCCGUAGCCGGUUUCCGUAUCUCACAAGUGCAGGUCUGGACCUGCUUUCACAACUUCUGGCCUACGAUCCCGACAAACGAAUAACAGCAGAGCAAGCUCUCAAGCAUCCCUAUUUCAGUGAACGACCAUUGCCCAAAGAUCCCUCCUUGUUUCCUACCUGGCCUUCCAAGGGUGAAAAGAAAAAGAAGGCAUUUAGUCCUUCGGCGCCUCAAGCCGCUCACGCCGCCAUGGAACCCGACGAUGACGAAGAUCCUGGAUUGGCAGGCACCCUUUUUGGUGGCGCUCAAGCAACCGAUACAGCCGGUUUCCGACUCAAGUUAGCAUAA